CAAAUUGGUUUACAAUUCAAAGACCGUCAGCAUGGUAUUCAAUUUCGUAUUCAAUAAACGAUGCGCACAUGGGACUAAUAACUGCCGCAGAUGGUUAUUAAUGUUUGGAACCUGCAUAUAAAGCAACUUUUUUUUCAAGCUACCAUUGUUUAGCACAAAAAGACAAGAAAGAAGGAAAACACACAAUCCCUCAUUCCUCCGGCUGUAAACCAAGUAACAAGCGACUGCAUUAGCUAUGAAUCGAACCACAGAAUGUACAUCACAUUGUACGCCAAAAAUCGCAAGUUUGAUGUUGAUCGUGAUCACCAACUUUGUCUUAGCUGUACCAACAGCUGCUGCUAAUGCUCUGGUUAUCGUGGCCAUUCUGACGACGUCUUCUUUACGAACACCGUCGUAUCUUUUACUGACCAACCUCGCCUUCAGUGAUCUUGGAGUGGGACUAUUUUGUCAACCAGGUUUUGCUGUAAUAAUGAUCAUGAAUCUCUUUGAAGACGUUGAAUUUAAUCGCAGCUUCUUCUUAUCAGUAAUUAUUGUUUCAACUCUUUUGAGCUGUGUAUCAGUGUUGACCAUAACAGCCAUCAGUGUGGACAGGUACCUGGCCAUACGACUCAAGUUGCGCUACAGAUCUUUUGUCACACUACGAAGAGUGAGGUUGUUCUGUGUUUUUUCUUGGGUUUGUCCUGGGUUUUCUUUCGUUGUCCUGAGUUUUACGAGAGUUUUACGAAAUACACCUUCCUUGUUGGGCAUUGUUUGUAUAGCCGCUCUGGCAGCAUGCUUGUUGGUGACUGUAAUAUCCUACACGAUGUCGUUGAGAGCCAUGAAGAUCCACUGUGCUCAGAUCCAACCACAGGGUAACCAACAACCCAACAGUACAACACAGUMCAAUGCCAUCGAUGUUCUCAAGUACAGAAAGCUACUGAAGACAAUGAUCUUGAUAAUGGUGCUUAUUUUCGUUUGUUAUAUACCUCUUUUUGGAGUACUUGCAGAAUUUUUACGGCCACCUGUAUAUAUGGAUUAUUUCUUGGUGGGACUGAUGAGUACUGUUUUUGUAAACUCUACUCUGAAUCCUGUUAUUUAUCUGACAAGAAUGAAGGACAUUCGAGGAGCCUGCGUUCAGAUACUAAGAAAACUGUUCAGAUGCAUGCAGACUGAUUGAAUGAUGGUCAAAAUGAAAAUACCACUGUUAAUUAAAAACUUGAAGUAGGAAUUUUAUUGACGGACUUAACAUGGUUCCUAGUAGUUUGUGGCCAUAAUUCAUAUAUAACGGAAAUCAGUAUAAAUAUUAUUGUAAAUCAUAGCUAGAUCGAYACGAUUUUCUUACCAGAUGUUCAUUUUAUCAAAGUAGCCAUGAACAAAUAUCCUCAAAUUAACAAAUUGACAUCAGUUUUUUAUGUGUCUGUCCUCUGAUUGAAGAUAAAUUCUGCAUCACAUUGUCAAAGUAGUGUGGAUCCACGAGGCGUAGCCGAAAAUUCUCGUUUUUAUUCAUCAGAACAACCAUCGGAAAAAGCGCGCGCUCGUUGACGUCAGCUUUAUCUGUCUCUCCUCUUAUUGAUGAUAAAAAAAUAGUUUUUCUCAACAACAACAAAAACCUUUGAUUUUGCUUUGUGAUCCGAAACUACUGAAUAUGUAUCAUGGUAUUUUCACUAUGUUAAGCGAUUGGGAWAAUAAUUGAAAUAGAAAUUUCCAACAUGGCUUGCUUUUCUUUUAAAUGUUUUGAAGUGAAUCUUGUAAUUUUAACUUAAUUCACCUCUCGGGCUUAGUGUUAUAAAAUUAAGUAUCUAUCUAUCUAAAAGCAAAUUAAAUAAAAGAAACACAGCGUUACAUGUUCAUGUGAAGGAUAUGCAAUAAUGGCGAGCGCUGAUUGGUAGGACUAUUUCUCGAUAGUUACCUACCUUGACUACCUUAGUACACAUCAGAUAAAUAUAGGAUGACGCGCGCCGCAUGUUGAUGCGUGCCGCAUUGAAAAUAGUAAAUAAAUCAUAUGUAAUCUAUAUAAA